GAACGCCUAGUUGAUUUUUUCCUCUUCGGUGGACAUUUUUCAUCAUCUUUCUUAAUGCAAGUUGAGCGAGUUUUUUCUUUUAAAGACGAAUUAAAUAGCGAUAAAAUAGAAGUGCGGAUACCUGAGAUUGUGGACCCUCAGUAUGGAAUGUUUACGUGGCCAGCAGCUCCAGUUCUUGCACAAUAUAUUUGGUAUAAUAGAGAUCAAGUAGAAGGAAAACACGUUGUGGAGAUUGGUGCAGGAACAGCCUUACCUGGUUUGGUUGCCUCAUUGUGUGGUGCAAAUGUUACUCUGACAGACAAGGAAGAGUAUCCUCAAUGCUUAGAAAACUGUAGACAGAGCUGCCAUGCUAAUGGUCAGACGGCAAUACAAGUUGUUGGCAUUACCUGGGGACAGUUUACACCAAACCUUUUAAAACUUCCCAAGGCUGAUAUAAUUCUUGGUUCAGACUGUUUCUAUGACACAAAAGAUUUUGAUGACAUUUUGGCAACUGUCUCCUUUCUAAUGGUGAAAAAUUAUCAGGCCAAGUUUUGGUCAACAUAUCAAGAGAGAAGUUCCAGUCAUUCCAUUGAAGAUUUGUUGAAAAAAUGGGGACUAAAAGGUAUCCAAAUACCACUGGAGGGAUUUAAUGCAAAUGAUGGGAACAUUGGUGGAUCCAAUCUGUCUGAUUUACACACCAUUCAGAUGUUGGAGAUAACACGUCAAUAAGCCUUGGACUACUUUGUCUUUGAACCUGUAGUUGUCUCUCAUAUCAACC